AUGCGCAGCAACCGAGACUCUACUAGCCCAGCCAGGGACACGGGCAAUGGCCUCGUCCUCAAGGUCGACAUCCUCAAGGGUCGCAACCUCGCUGCCAAAGACCGGAAUGGCAGCUCGGACCCAUACCUCGUGCUGACCCUGGGCGAUCGUCGUGCCGUCACACACACCGUUCCCAAAUCGCUGAACCCCGAGUGGAACGUCGUCGAGGAGCUGCCGCUCACCUCCAUCAACAGCCUGCUCCUCGACGUCGUCUGCUGGGACAAGGACCGCUUCGGCAAGGACUACAUGGGCGAAUUCGACCUGGCUCUCGAGGACAUCUUUCACAAUGGCCACACGGCCAAGGACGCCAAAUGGUACCCGCUCAAGAGCAAGCGCCCUGGCAAGAAGACUGGCCUGGUCUCGGGCGAGAUCCUGCUGCAGUUCACCCUCCUCGACACGUCCAAUCCAGCCGCCACACCGGCCCAGAUCUUCGACAAGUUCUAUGCGCUCGUCAACAGCGUCCCCAUCAACGCGACAGACUCCUCCGCUGCCGUCACCCCCUCACGGACACCCGUCCUCUCACCCACAAUCCCACGCUCGACGCCAGCCCCCGCGGGGACAGCCCUGUCCAACAACGGCGCCAUCGACGACGACGAGGACGAAGAUGACGACGAUGAUGAUGACGACGUGGACGACGAGACAUCGGACGAAGUCGACGACCCCUCGAAACCCGACAAUGCCGAGAAGCGCAGGAGGCGUCUGCGCGUCAAGGGGUUGAGGAGGAGAAAGAGGCGGGGCGCCUACGCCUUCACAAACGGCGAGCAGGACGUCGUCGGCGUGCUCUACCUCGAAAUCGUCAAGAUCACCGAUCUGCCCCCGGAGAGCAACCUCACCCGCACCAGUUUCGACAUGGACCCCUUUGUGGUGGCGUCUCUGGGACGGCAGACCUUCAAGACGAAGCGUGUCCGUCACAACCUCAAUCCAGUCUUCAACGACAAGAUGGUGUUCCACGUGCAGGGCCACGAGACGACGUAUCAGCUCGCCUUCACCGUCAUCGACCACGACAAGUACUCGGGCAACGAUUUCAUCGCCUCCUGCAGCCUGCCGAUCCAGGAGAUUAUUGAGCAGGCGCCCGAGGCCAACCCCGAGACGGGGCUGUAUGAGCUGAGGGACCCGGCUGAGUAUUCACGGACCGCCUCGUCGGGCACCAAGCGCCGCUUGAAGAAGUUUGGCAUGUCCCGGUCCUCCUCUACACAGAGCUUGACCAAGCUCAUCCGCCCGGGUCUGAACAAGAGUACAUCGGCCGCCAGCGGCAUCUCACAGGUCUCGGCAGUGGACCAGGCCGCGGGCGCGACUGCCCUUGGUGCCGCGCCCACGUCGGCGCCGGCGCCCGAGCCAGCUGCCGAGACGCCAGGGGAGGCCGAGGGCGACGACUUUGCGAGCGUGACGAUCCCUCUGCAGCUCAAGAACCUAGAGAAGUGGGAGGCCAAGCACAACCCUGCCAUCUACCUACGGGCCAAGUACAUGCCCUACCCAGCGCUCCGCCAGCAGUUCUGGCGCGCCCUGCUGCGGCAGUACGAUACGGACGACAGCGGCCGCAUCAGCAGGGUGGAGAUGAUGACGAUGCUGGACACACUAGGCUCGACGCUCACAGAAUCUACAAUUGACAGCUUCUUCCAGAGGUUUCCGCACAAGGCGGCCGACAAUGAGGACACCUGGGAACUCACGAUGGACGAGGCGGUUCUCUGCCUCGAGGACCAGCUCAACGCCAAGUCGAAGCCGCCGACGGUGGGCGAGAAGCUGAAGCAGAUUGUGCCGGACAUGAAGAACCUGCAGCUACCAGAUGGGGAAACGACGAGCGCCUCGGGCACGAGCACUCCGGCGGCUAGUGGCAUCUCCCAGGGGGCGGUGCCGGAGAUCACCAAGGUGGUGAGCGACGAGGGCGACCUCACGCUGGACAACGACCCGGCAGAGAAUGGCGAAGAGCAUGUCAUCGAGAUCAAGGAGUGCCCCAUCUGCCACCAGCCGCGUCUGAACAAGCGCAGCGACGCCGACAUUAUCACGCACAUUGCGACGUGCGCGAGCCAGGACUGGCGGCAGGUCAACACGGUGCUCAUGAACGGCUUCGUCACCGCCAGCCAGGCGCAGCGCAAGUGGUACUCCAAGGUGAUCACGAAGCUGUCCUACGGCGGUUACAAACUGGGCGCCAACUCGGCCAAUAUUCUCGUCCAGGACCGCCUGACGGGCCAGAUCAACGAGGAAAAGAUGAGCGUCUACGUCCGGAUGGGCAUCCGGAUGCUGUACAAGGGCCUCAAGUCGCGCGACAUGGAGAACAAGAGCAUCCGCCGGGUGCUGAAGAACCUGAGCAUCAAGCAGGGCCGCAAAUUCGACGACCCAGCCUCGAGGGAUGAGAUUGAAAAGUUCAUCCACUUCCACCGCCUCGACACGAGCGAGGUGCUUCUGGGCCUGGACGAGUUCAAGAACUUCAACGAAUUCUUCUAUCGCGCGCUCAAGCCGGGGGCCAGGCCCUGCUCCGCGCCCGACAACCCCAAGAUCAUCGUCUCGCCCGCCGACUGCCGCAGCGUCGUGUUCAACCAGAUCAACCAGGCCACCAAGAUCUGGGUCAAGGGGCGCGAGUUCAGCAUCAAGCGGCUGCUCGGCAAGGCGUACCCGGAGGACGUGCAGCGGUACGACGGCGGUGCCAUGGGUAUCUUCCGCCUGGCGCCGCAGGACUACCACCGCUUCCACAUCCCCGUCGACGGCAUCAUGGGCGAGCCUAAGACGAUCGAGGGCGAGUACUACACAGUCAACCCCAUGGCCAUCCGGUCGGCCCUGGACGUCUACGGCGAGAACGUCCGCAUCCUCGUGCCCGUGGACAGCCCCGUGUUCGGGCGCGUCAUGAUCAUCUGCGUCGGCGCCAUGAUGGUCGGCAGCACCGUCAUCACCCGCAAGGAGGGCGAGGAGGUGAAGCGCGCCGAGGAGCUGGGCUACUUCAAGUUUGGCGGCAGCACGCUGCUCGUGCUGUUUGAGCCGGGCAAGAUGAAGUUUGACGACGAUCUGGUCGACAACUCCAACGGCGCCCUCGAGACAUUGGUAAGUGCAAGAAUGCACUGGCGGAUCCUAUUAUGGAUUCGCGUGGGCAUGUCCAUUGGCCACUCGCCCGACGAACCGCAGCACACGCCCGACAUGCGCAAGAACGACCAGGAGAUCACCGAGGAGGAGAAGCGGAUGGCCGCGCGCCGCAUCCAGGGCAGCGUGGCGACGGGCGACUCGCCGGACGACAGCGGCGAAGAUGCCUCUCGACCCAAGCGGAAGCUGGGCAAGGCGCCGACGAUGAACACGCUGGCGGCGUCGGCGAUGUAG